GUGACAUGAACCUAGUUAACGUGUAAUUUCAGUUCAUCGACAUAAUUCCGCCUUUUGGGGUUGCCAAGUUACUUCCAACGUCUCCCGCUUAAAAUUUUGUAUAGAAUAAAAUAUUGAACAAUUCAGGAAAUUCAUCAAGCAAAAGAACUCAAAUCAUGCCAAUCACCAAGGAGAUGGGAACGGAUGCCGAUCUCGUAGAGAACACCCCAAGGUUAAACAGCCGCGAUAGCGCCGCCCUAAAGGACAUUAUGAAGAAACGCCUCACGGAAUGCGGAUGGCGCAAGGAUAUUGAGCAAAUGAUCCGUCAGACCAUUCAGGAACACGGUGUGGGCACUUUAACAUCCGAUCAACUCGCUGAAAAGAUUGUUCCCCAUGCACGAGCCUUGGUACCCGACGUAAUCUGCAAGGAGAUGAUGAUACGGGUGCAUAACGCCUUGGGAUCGUCGCAGCCAGCGGAGAAGAAAUAAAUCCAUCCGGCCGGCAAUCAAGACUAUCGAGAUUAAAUUCUAGCACUCAUGUGUCUGUGGAUUUAUUUAUCUCAUCGUUAAUUAAGUAGAUAUUUACAGUCUUAUGCUAGUUACGAAUUACGCCAUACUGGCAGUACAAAAUAUGCAUGUAAUAAUAAAUAAACAACCUAUGUUGCUAUGUU